UAUGGCUGCUUACAUGUUUGGCAAAAAGUCUAACGUGAAAAUUGUGUCUAUUAUUGAAAGUAUUUCAUAAUUAUCUUUAUAUUUGUUAAGUUUUAAUAUACUAUUUAAGAUACAUGGCUACCAUAGGAAAAAGUGAAUUAUCCAGAAAGGACAUCGAAUCUGCAGACAAAGAUGAAAAAGAGACACUCCUGGAACAUGACAGUGAACCCGAUGAGGAUAUGAUAUUUAACCGGCCGAGUACUUCAAAUGGAAAUGGCAGAGUCGAUGGGAAAAUGGAUAGUGUCAAAAUCCAAAUUGAAGAUGUGACAAAUGUGAUGCGGGACAAUGUAAAGAAAGUCAUGGAACGUGGAGAAAAGUUAGAGGAUUUACAAGAUGCGAGUGAUCGAUUGUCCAUGACUAGUAACCAAUUCAGAGAAGCAGCAAAUAAAGCUCAACGAAAGAUGUGGCUGCAGAACUUGAAAUCACGGAUUUUUAUUGUCACCAUUAUCCUGACCAUUAUUUUCUUUAUCUUUGUUGUGGACAUCUUGGCGCUUUUCCUGGUUCUCAGAUAGCAAACGUCCUAUAGAAUGGUAUUUCAUUCCUCAAAUUGAAGUAUCUGUUAUUGUCAAGUAUUGGUGACCUUGAUACCUUGAAGAACGUGCAACCAGUCGAUGUCACAAGCACAGACCUUGUCUUUGUACCUUUCUUUCGUGGAGUAUUAUUACAGCGAUGCUUUCCUAAAAUUUGUCAACCGAUUCACAGUCAAAUUAUUUUCUUACAUUUUAGUUUAUAUUUUAAAUAUUAAUAUUUCUUGUUAAAAUAUUGUGAUUCGUUAAAGUGACAGACCAACUCGAUAAUAUUAAUAUAUAUGAUAAUGAAACUUACUUUAUGCAAUUUUUAACAAAUCCGCAAUUUAUUAGUAAUACAAUAACCAUAUAACAAUUGAACUAAACAAAAGAAUUAUAAUUACUGAUAAAGAAAUACUUUGAAACUUUAUAUAAUGGUAGUUAGAUCAAAUUUUCAAAUUAUUUCAAUUAAUUAAUAUAUUUCUAUGAUAAGUUAAUUUAAUUC